CCUAACCAGGUGGCUUUGAGCAGCUUACAAACAAGAUGCUGCAUUAAAACACUUGCGGUUCAAAAAACAAGCACCAGGCUGUCAGCCCUGCGUUCUCGAGGGAGAGUUUACAUGGACUAUAACGCAACCACCCCACUGGAUCCAGAGGUCAUCCGGGCCGUGACCGAGGCCAUGCGGGACGCCUGGGGAAAUCCCAGCAGCCCUUACCCAGCAGGUCAGAAGGCCAAGGACAUCAUCGGUGCAGCUCGGGAAAGCCUGGCCAAGAUGGUAGGGGGGUCGACUCAGGACAUCGUGUUCACGUCUGGGGGCACCGAGGCCAACAAUUUGGUGAUCCACUCGGUGGUGAGGCAUUUCCACAAAAGCGAUGCCUCAAAGGGGGGCACGGCCAAGCAUCCCAGCCCAGCAGAGGGGGCCAAGCCCCACAUCGUCACCUGCACCGUGGAGCAUGACUCCAUCCGUCUGCCCCUGGAGCACAUGGUGGGGGAGCAAGUGGCCGAGGUCACCUUCGUCCCCGUGUCCAAGGUGAGCGGGCAAGCAGAGGCUGACGACAUCCUGGCAGCCAUCCGCCCGGCCACCUGCCUCGUGACCGUCAUGCUGGCCAACAACGAGACGGGCGUUGUCAUGCCCAUCCCUGAGAUCAGCCGGCGAGUGAGAGCCCUGAACCAGGAGAGGGCGGCCUCGGGGCUGCCUGCCGUCCUCCUGCACACGGACGCCGCGCAGGCCCUGGGGAAGAGGCGCGUGGAUGUGGAGGACCUGGGCGUGGACUUCCUGACGAUCGUGGGGCACAAGUUCUACGGCCCCAGGAUCGGAGCACUGUACGUCCGAGGACUUGGGGAACAGACCCCCCUGCACCCCAUGCUGUUCGGAGGUGGACAGGAACGGAGCUUCAGGCCGGGGACGGAGAACACCCCCAUGAUCGCCGGCCUCGGGAAGGCCGCCGAGCUGGUGACGGAGAACUGCGAGGCCUACGCGGCCCACAUGAGGGAUGUGCGCGACUACCUGGAGGAGAGGCUGGCGGCCGAAUUCGGUGAGAAGAAAAUCCAUCUGAACAGCCAGUUUCCAGGGGCCGAGCGACUCCCCAACACAUGUAACUUCUCCUUCCGGGGACCCCAGCUCCAAGGCCGCGUGGUGCUGGCGCAGUGCAGGAUGCUGCUGGCCAGCGUGGGGGCCGCGUGCCACUCAGACCACGGGGACCGGCCGUCCCCAGUGCUGCUGAGCUGCGGCAUCCCCUUCGACGUGGCCAGGAACGCGCUACGGCUCAGUGUGGGCCGCAGCACCACCCGGGCGGAGGUGGACCUCGUGGUGCAGGACCUGAAGCAGGCCGUGGGCUGGCUGGAGGGCCAGGCCCGGAGCUGAGGCCGCCCCCAGGGAGCCUCCGAGGACCCAGCCAGGGUGGCUUUUCUUACGGAGUCUGUGUGGGCAGCGGUCCCCUCCCCUGUGUGCGGGUCAGCGGGAAGCGGGUCCACCGGGCCCACGGCAUAGGAUGCAGCCAGCCACGUGGACCUGUCACUGUCACUGCUGCCCAAGCACACGAUGAAGUGGGAACACCUUGGCUGAGACCACACCCCUCCUUAGAAGGGAGCCUGUGGUGAGCACCCCCUUCAUGGAAGGUGGCAUUUUAUCAGGAAAACAAAGCCCUAGUAUUUAUAAUUGAUUGUUGUGAAAAUAGGAAACCUGGUGUUUGCUG